AUGGCAGAAUUAUUCAUAAUUGGACAAAUAGUUGGUGCAUCAGGGUUUAACCAAUCGACUUUGUCUUGCAAGUGGCAUCUGGAAGCAGGAAACGCUUGGAAAGUUGUCGGAGGUUAUUCAGAAGGCAUCACAAAAACUGAUCAAUCUUAUGGUGAAGAAGAAGUUAAGUGGAACCAUCCUAUUGAUGUUCGUUUUGCCACUCGUGGAUUACAAGGUUGGCCAAAAUUCUGUAUAGAAGUAUACUCUGUGGAUAUAUUUAACAGAAGUCGCGUCGUUGGUUACGGUUUUAUGCACGUGCCUUUAACACCAGGACAUCACAAAGAAGUUUGUCAAACGUGGUCCUUAAGGCAAAGUACUUGGGAAAGUAUUCGGCAGUUUUUCCUUGGAAGUCCUCCAGAAGAAGUGAAGCCGAAUAAUUUUCACUCCGGAGUAGAUAGAUACAAACUGAACACCCAAUCAGCCGGAGUGGUGUCAUUCGAACUGAACACAAUUUUUAAGAAUUUUGAUGCUUACGGAGUCGAAUACAAAUGA